UUUUCCCAUACAGACUUUUCUAGUUCUGUUGUUGUGUCUACUGAGGAAGAAAGAACCGAAAGUUACAGCAGCGGCCUUCAAUUGUCUGAUAGAGAUAAAACACUUGAAUUUAUGCCUGAAAAUUCUGUUUACUCCAGUAAAUUAGAGAUGAAAACGGAGGAGGGCAGCGUCCCAGUUUUCCUCAAACACGUUUCUAAUGUUGAAAUAAGUCUAGGAGAUGUAGCUAGACUCUCAGUUACUGUUACUGGCAGUCCAAAACCUAAAAUCCAGUGGUUCUUUAAUGGAGUAAAGUUAACCUCUUCCACGGAUCACAAAUUUGUAUUUGAUGGUAGUGAUUAUAGUCUUAUCAUUCUCUAUACAAAAUCUGAAGAUGAGGGUGAGUACACUUGCAUUGCCAGUAAUAAGUAUGGAGAGACUGCAUGCAGUGCCUAUCUAAAGGUGAAGCCAAAAGAGAUUGGAGAAGUCUACAAAAAAUCGCUGGUAGAACUAGAGGUGAAGAAACCCUUAGAAAAGAAAAGAAAUCCCAACCCCCCUUGCUUUGUGAAGAAAGUGGAACCUGUUCAGUGUGUUCAAGGUCUCCCUGUUGUAUUUGAGUAUACAGUGCUUGGAGAACCUGUACCCGAGGUGCAAUGGUUUAAGGGAAAUCACCAGAUUUUCUCUAAUGUAUACUACACUGUGGUUCAUAAUCCUGACGGCUCGGGUUCAUUAACGGUCCAUCAGUGUCAGAGAGAUGAUGGUGGGUUAUAUACCUGUAAAGCCAUAAAUCCCCUUGGGGAAGCCACUUGCUCUGCAGAACUGCUUGUACUGGACUCCGCUGCUGUGUUGCAGUAUAAGGAACAGAAAGUCGUUCAGAAACAGCUUACGAAAUCGUACAAAGAAACCGUAAGUGAGCAGACUACCGAGUCUCGUUUAUAUGCUGUUAAAUUGCCAGGUGAGGGUGGGCAGCGGGACCAGCAAGUGUUGUAUACAAUCGGGACAGAGGGCAGGCCCUCGGUACAUAGCGAAGAGGUGGACUCGUUGCUUGAGGUUUCUCACUCCGCCGCUAGCAUGCAGCAGGAGACGGUUCUUACUCAGCAAGCGGCCGUACUGGAAUCUCGUGAGGCUGCGGAGAGCCUAGAUGUUUCUCCUCCGGCGGCAGAAACGGGGGUUUCAACGGCAAAGCAGCUUCCCCCAGCAGCUUUCACUACGAAUGAGGUUCGGGAGCACCCGAGCCUGCUGGAGCCGUGUCUUGAGCCAAUUAACAGCCCCCCAGUAGCUGGGUUGCCUGGUCCUGAACUCCCCGUGGGCCCCGCUAUUUGUUUGCCAGUAGUAGAGGAAAGCAGCCAGCAGGACAAAGAAAAGGAACUGCAGAUUCACCCCCCGGAGAGGGUUGCUCUGCAGGCGGCCCGAGAAGAGAAAUCCACCUUUCUCUCUGCCGUGGCUGAAGAGCAGCGUGCAGUGACGGCGAGCACAGCGGUGCCUCUUCCGAGCGCGGGGGCGGAGGCGGGGACCUCAGCCCGCGAACCCCAGCAGCUAUUACACACCCCCAGAGUUGAAGACAUCCGGGAGCUGCCUAAAGAAACUUCCUUGGCGCUAGAAACGCCUACGCGCCAGAAGGCUCUCCUGAGGCUGGAAGGCGAGAAGAAGGAAUCUCAACUGGCCUUAGCUGCGGAACAGCAGCGAAUAGACGAAGCUCAUGCCCAGGAGCUCGGCGCCCUGGAUUUACCUGCGGAAGCGAAACCAGCACAGGAAUCGCCCGCGGAGUUACACGUGCCUAUAACUGAUUCCCAAAGGAUGUUUCUCAAAGAGGGCGCCUUUGAUGUCCCGUCAGCAGCUCCGCAAAAGGGGGCAUUGGUGCAGGAGAGGGUUGUGAAAGCUGCUCUGGUUACAGAAGAGAAGCAGCAGCUCGCGGGUGAGCAAGCGCAGCAAGUCCCCGGACUUGACAGGACAGUAACUGUAGAAACCCAAAAGGAAGGCGCAAAGCUAUUGAAUUUGCCGGUGGUACACGGGCAAACAACACUCCCUAGAGAAGGGCAUUUUAGUUUUGUGGCGCUGCCAGAGGAUCAAGCAGUCUCUAGGAAAACCCCAAUGUUCCUGCACGCGUUAGUCUCAGAAGAACAAACCCCCCUCCCUUAUGAAAGCACUAGUCAGUUCUCUGCCCUGGAUGGGGCGGUUAGCAUUCAGCCUGUCAAAGAGCCCCCUUCCGCCCUCCAUCUCCAGACAACCCAGUCAGAGCAUGUGUUGCCUAAGGAAGACAUGCUGGCUUUUCAAAAACCUGUGUCCCACGUGGCUUUCCAGAGAGAAGAAAAAAUGUUUAAUCGGGCAGCAACAACAGAAGAGAAGAGCGGGUUAUCUGCGGAACAACUGGAAGCUUUUCGGAGCAGUACCGAAGGAUUACACCCCACAGCUACAGUUGAACCUCAGCUACCGACCUGUCUUACCACAGUGGCUGAGGAUAUACCUCUGCCAAAAGAACAAAUCAUCAGUGCGGCAGAAAAGGAGCAGAAAGCUGCCCUGAGAAAAGAAGACUCUCAGACAGUUAUGCAGCUAUCGAGCGUGACUGAGAGCAGGACCUUGGACCUGGGUCAUGUUGAAACAUUUGAGGAGAUUCAGACCGUGAGCGGGGAGGUGAAAUCUGAACCCAGAUUCCUUUCAGAAUCUGUUUGCACCGAGGAAGGAAGUGUUCCACUAGAGAGUGCAAAUAUGCUAGAAGCCGCAGAACACGAUUUUGCUGCAAGAAUUCAAGAAGGACAGUCAGUGAGUCUACCAUUAAUACUAGAAGAAAGGCAGCCUCUCAAGGAAGAACAUGCAGUCGAACUAACGAGGUCAGAAACUGGAACUGUAAAGGUAGAGAAGCAACCAAAGGAGACACUGAGCGUACAUGAAAUACAAGAAAGAGAAGUCCUUUCCAAAGAAAACCAGUUUGUUGUUCAAGUUCCCAAGGGUUGUAGCUUAGACAUAAAGACUCAAAUCAGAAGUGCCCUGAAAGCUGCAAUGACUAGUGAACAACAUCUCUUGUUUUCCGAAUGGUUGGGUGAUAUAAAAAAUAUUGAAGUUAAGACAGUGAAAGUCAACAAGGAACCUAAAUAUACAAUGUGCACCUACCUUAUAACCACAGGGAGUUCCAGUCCCAUAGAAAUAACUGUCUCUCUAGAAGAAAUAUACCCUCAGAUAGUUGGCUUGAAAACUGAACUAAAAGCUGCUUUGUAUUCGAUUAUUUACGAAGAAAAACAUAUUUUGAUCGCAGAACAGCCCAGGGCUAUGUCAGUAACUGGGCUUCAGAAGUUGUCUAUCACGCAUGCGCCUUUCUCAGAAAUCUCAUCUGCUACUGUUGCUGAUAAGCCAGUGCAGCAGGAAACCGCGAGUCCUAUUUCUGAUGCGCUGGAGCCUCAGCAGGCUGAAAUAACCACAGAAUCUGAAGCGCAGCUGCAACAGUUUUUGUCUGCUCGAGCAGUCAGCAGCGUUGCUGUCAAAAGUCUGAUCAGAGAUGUCGGUGCAACCGCAGUCACUGCCGACGUUGCUUUAGCAGCGGUGCCAUUGGAGAAACCAGUGCAGAUCCUGAUAAUGAAACAGAAAAAGGAAGAAAUAUCUGAGGAAGAUGGUGGAGAGGUUCUCAUAACUCAGGCAGGGAAGCCAGAGGACAAGCUAGUUAGAGAAGAUUAUCCCGUCAUUCACAGAAAUCUUGUAGACACUGUUGUAGAGGAAGGUGAUAGUUUAAGUCUUAUAUCAAUUAUAACAAACGUCAAAAAGGUGAAUUGGUAUUUUGAGGGUAAACUGGUGUCUUCAGGCAAACAGUUCAAGUGUUUACAAGAUCAUGACACAUACACACUAGUAAUCAACAAAGUACACAAGGAAGUGCAUCAAGGAGAGUAUGCCUGUGAGGCACUGAAUGAAGGUGGAAAAACAACAACAUCAGCGAAACUCACAGUUGUAAAAAGAGUUGCACCCAUACUGAGGAGGAGACUCGAGUCGCAGGAAGUAGCCGUGAACCACCUGGCCAAGUUUAGCUGUGAGAUUGAGACUGCUCCUAAUGUCAGAUUCCAGUGGUAUAGAGCUGGCCGAGAAAUAUAUGACGGCGACAAGUAUUCCAUACAUACCACGAAAUACGUGUCCACGCUGGAAAUUCCAAGACCUCAAGUAGUUGACUGUGGAGAAUACAGCUGCAAAGCUUCCAAUCAGUAUGGCAGUGUAAGCUCUACAGCUAUUUUAACGGUGACUGAAGCGUUUCCUCCAACCUUUCUAACCAGACCCGAAUCUAUCACUACUUUUGUGGGUAAAAGUGCCAGGUUCCUGUGUACCGUGUCAGGCACUCCGGUGAUCGACACGGUGUGGCAGAGAGACGGCGCUGCCAUCUCUUCUUCAGAACAUCACAAGAUUUCAACCGUUGAUAAUAAGCAUAUUUUAGAGAUUAAACAUGUUACAGUAAACGACAGAGGAGUUUACACUUGCAAAGCCUCAAACAAGUUUGGAGCUGACAUCUGCCAGGGGGAAAUGGUAAUUAUUGAUAAGCCUCAUUUCAUUAAGGAGUUACAGUCGGUGCAGUCUGCUGUCAAUAAGAAGAUACGUCUGGAGUGCCAAGUAGAUGAAGAUAGGAAAGUAACAGUAGCGUGGAAUAAAGAUGGGAACAAAAUACCCCCAGGCAAAGAUUAUAAAAUUUGUUUUGAAGACAAAAUAGCAUCAGUUGAAAUCCCCCUGGCUAAACUUAAAGAUUCAGGAAAUUAUGUAUGCACGGCUUCGAAUGAGGCUGGAAGUAGUUCCUCUUCUGCAACUGUCACAAUCAGAGAGCCACCAUCAUUUUUGAAGAAGGUGGAUCCAUCUUAUUUAUUGACACCGGGCGAGUCAGCACACCUUCAGUGCAAAAUCAAAGGGUCUCCUGAAAUCCAAGUUACGUGGUUCAAGAAUAACAAAGAAAUUAGAGAGAGUAACACGUACAGAAUGUCAUUUGUCAACUCUGUAGCUGUGCUAGAUAUUUCCGACGUGAAAGUUGACGAUAGUGGAAGUUACUCUUGUGAAGCGGUUAAUGAUGCUGGCAAUGAUAGCUGCAGCACUGAAAUAGUUGUCAAAGAACCUCCUUCUUUCAUCAAAACACUUGAACCGGCAGAGAUAGUGAAAGGAACAAACGCUACACUUCAGUGUGAGGUUGCUGGUACUGGACCAUUCGAAAUUAGCUGGUUUAAAGACAAGAAGCAGAUUCGCAGUAGUAAAAAAUACAGAUUGAUCUCUCAGAAAUCUCUUGUUUUUCUGGAGAUCUCUUCCUUUAAUAGUGCAGAUGUUGGUGAAUAUGAGUGCGUUGUAGCUAACGAAGUUGAACCACCAUCUUUUAUUAAGAAAGUCGAAAAUGUGACUGCACUUGUUGAAGACACAGUUACUUUACAGUCCGUUGUGAAAGGGUCCGCUCCUAUUUCUAUAACGUGGAUGAAGGGGAAAGACAUUAUUAAAGAAGAUAACAAAGUCAAAGUGACCUUUGAAAGUGGUCUUGCAACGCUGCAGAUCACGGGUGUCCAGAUUAGUUCUGGUGGCAAGUAUACAUGUGUGGCGGAGAAUGAUGCAGGAAGUCAAACGUGUUUUGGAGAAUUAGCAGUGAAAGAACCUGCCCAAAUUACUGAGAAACCUGAGUUGAUUGAGGUGACUGCAGGAGACCCAGCAAUUUUGGAAUAUACAGUUGCAGGCACUCCAGAGUUAAAAACGAAAUGGUUCAAAGAUGGCAAACCGCUGGCUUCCAGCAAAAAGUAUAGAAUCAGUUUUAAAAAUAACGUUGCCCAGCUAAAGUUUUAUACCGCCGAAAUGCAGGACAGUGGCGAGUACACGUUCGAGAUUGCGAACGAUGUUGGACGCAGCUCGUGCACCACCACGUUCACUGUGUUAGACCGAGCCAUUGCUCCGUUCUUUGUUAAACCAUUGAGGAAUGUUGACAGCAUAGUUAGCGCCUCCUGCCGCAUGGACUGCAAAAUCUCUGGCUCCCUUCCAAUGAGUGUUUCGUGGUUUAAGCAUGACGACGAGCUAACUACCAGUGCCAAAUACACAGUAGUGUUUGCGGAAGGUUCUGCGUCUUUGGAAAUAAAACAUCUAGACACGAACGAUUCUGGCAUUUACACUUGCAGGGCCACAAACGCUGCGGGCAGUAAAGAAAGCAGUAGCACUUUGGUUGUAAAAGAGCCACCAAGCUUCGUUGUAGAACCAGAGUCCCAAGAAGUAGCACCCGGAUCGACGGUGCGUUUGAAGAGUUCCUUAAAAGGAACACCGCCACUCACAAUACAGUGGUUUAAGGGUGCCCGUGAGCUGGAAACCGGCGGAGCCUGCUAUAUUAUGACUGAAGCUUUAGCGAGUUAUUUGGAACUCUACGCAGUAAAGCCGUCUGACUCAGGGGAGUACACCUGCAAAGUCAGCAACGUGGCUGGUUCAGUUGCGUGCAGUGCAAACUUGUUUGUGAAAGAACCUGCUACCUUCGUCGAGAAGCCAGAGCCAUCACAGCUGUUAAAGACAGGAGAUUACGCGCAAUUAGAUUGUCAAGUAACUGGCACCCCUCAGAUAAAAAUCACCUGGUUCAAAGGUGACCGGGAAAUUCAGGAAAGCGCCAAAUACAAGAUGUCCUUCGUGGGCUCCAAGGCGACUCUCAAACUUAUAGGUGUGGCGAUUGAAGACAGUGGGGAAUAUAUCUGUGAGGCCAAAAAUGAUGCCGGCAAAGAUAUUUGCAGUAGUGUUGUCACAGUCCAAGAGUCACCUUAUUUUAGCAAGGAGUUUGAGCCCAUGGAAGUAUUGAAGGAUUCUGAUGUUGCUUUGGAGUGCGAGGUGCUGGGUACGCCUCCAUUUGAAGUAUUUUGGUUGAAGGACAACAAGCCUGUCAGAAGCAGUAGGAGGCAGAGAAUAAGCAUUGAGGAUUCAUUGAUUAGCCUCCACGUUUUCAGGUUUGAUGCCUCCGAUGUUGGUGAAUACCAGUGCAGAGUAACUAACGCGGUAGGAAGCUGCGUCUGCAGCGCUGGGGUGACCCUAAAAGAACCCCCGCAAUUUGUGAAGAAGAUUGAAAACAUUAGCUCUCUCAGAGGAGGGUCCGCUGUGUUUCAGGCCGCCCUGAAGGGCUCUUUGCCGAUCACAGUGUCGUGGUUGAAAGAUAACGAUGACGUCAUUGAAGAUAACAAUAUCAAAAUGACGUUUGUGAACAACAUGGCCACUCUCCUUGUCAGGUCUAUUGAAGUGAAGCAUGAUGGGAAAUAUUUCUGUCAGGCUAAAAAUGAUGCGGGAAUUCAAAGAUGCUCUGCUUUACUAACAGUGAAAGAACCCGCAACAAUAACUGACAAGGCCGUGUCAAUUGACGUCACGGAGGGAGACCCAGCAACCUUGCAGUGUAGAUUUUCAGGCACUAAAGACAUUGCAGCCAAAUGGUUCAAAGAUGGAAAAGAGUUGACUUUGGGCCCGAAAUAUAAAAUCAGUGUUACAGAUCAAGUCUCCGCCUUAAAGAUAGUUCAUACGGAAAAGAAAGAUAGCGGAGAAUACACUUUUGAGGUUCAAAAUGAUGUUGGAAGCAGCAGCUGUACCGCUAGCAUUAAUGUGCUAGAUCUUAUCAUACCGCCCAAGUUCACAAAAAAGCUAAAGAAAAUGGACAGCAUUAAGGGUUCUUUCAUUCACUUAGAGUGCAUAGUGUCUGGUUCACAUCCUAUAAGUAUCCAGUGGCACAAGGAUGACGAAGAGAUAACGGCUAGUGAAAAAUACAAAUAUUCUUUCCAUGAUAACACUGCAUUCCUGGAAAUCAACCAGCUGGAAGGUUCAGACAGUGGAUCUUAUACUUGUGAGGCAACAAAUAAAGCAGGAAGUAACCAGUGCAGUGGAUAUUUAACAGUCAAAGAACCCCCUUAUUUUGUUGAAAAACCACAGUCACAAGAUGUUAUACCCAAUGCUAGAGUUCUCUUCAAAGCUCUUGUGAAUGGUACCACUCCUAUGCAGAUAAAGUGGUUUAAAGAUAGCAAAGAACUUCUCUCAGGAGCCACUCGCUCUGUCUGGAAGGAUGACACGUCAAGUGUGCUAGAGCUGUUUUCAGCAAAGACUUCUGAUUCAGGGAACUAUACCUGUCAAAUAAGCAAUGAUGUUGGGACAGCAACUUGCAAAGCAGCCCUUUUUGUGAAAGAACCACCCAGGUUUAUUCAGAAGCCUAGUCCCGUAGUAGUUUUGAGAAAAGGACAAUCCACCAGUUUCGAAUGCCAAGUAGCAGGCACGCCCGCAAUCCACGUUACUUGGUAUAUGGAUGGGAAUGAAGUAACUGACCCUGCUAAGUAUGGCAUUGCAUUCGUAGACGGUUUUGCCACUUUCAAAGUAGCCAGUGCCAAAAUAGAGGAUAGUGGGAUUUAUGUUUGUGAAGCUCACAACGACGCAGGUAGUGAGAGCUGCAGCAUUGAACUGAAAGUGAAAGAACCUCCCACAUUCAUAAGGGAGUUGAAACCUGCUGAGGUAGUGAAGGGUUUUGAUGCCAUGCUGGAAUGUGAAGUCUCCGGUACUCCUCCAUUUGAAGUGACAUGGCUGAAGAAUAACAAGGAGAUUCGCAGCAGCAAAAAAUACGCCAUGAGCGACAGGGAAUCGAUAUUCACCCUUGUCGUAACCAACUGCGAUUUUUCAGAUGCUGGGGAAUACCAGUGCAUUAUAUCCAAUGAUGGGGGUAGUUGUUCUUGCAGCACAAGAGUCAGUUUAAAAGAACCACCUUCCUUCAUAAAGAAGAUAGAAAACGUCGCUACCGUCUUGAAAAGUUCCGCUGUUUUUCAAUGCACGGUAGCGGGUGCUCAUCCUUUAUCAGUGUCGUGGAUAAAAGAUGAAAAAAUUAUCGAGGAAGAUGAGAACUUCCAUAUUACGUUCGAGGACAAUGUGGCCAUACUGAAAAUAAAACAUAUUGAUAUUGGUCACAGGGGGAGGUACACCUGCCAGGCAAAGAAUGAGUCAGGAGUUGAAAAAUGCUUUGCCUUGCUCUUAGUACAAGAACCCGCUCAGAUCAUAGAAAAGACUAAAUCAGUUAAAGUGACUGAAAAAGACCCAGUGACCUUGGAAUGUACUGUGGCUGGAACACCAGAACUCAAACUGAAAUGGUUUAAAGAUGGCAAACAGCUUCUGCCCAGUAGAUAUUAUACCAUGAGCUUUGACAGUAACGUGGCCAGUUUCAGGAUUGAAUCGGUAAUGAAGGAGGACAGUGGUACAUACGCUUUUAAGGUUGAAAAUGAUUUUGGAAGCAGCACCUGUGAAGCUGUUUUGGCAGUUUUAGAGCCAGCAAGCUUCCUAGUAAAACCUGAAAACCAGCAAGCCGUCCCGAAUUCUACGGUGGAGUUUAAGACUGUGUUGAAAGGAACGCCUCCGUUUGCAAUAAAGUGGUUUAAAGAAGAUUUGGAACUUGUAUCUGGAGCUAAUUGUUUUAUUGGGAUAGAAGGGUCAACAGGUUUCUUAACUCUCUAUUCGGUGGAUAUUUCAAAGAGUGGAUACUAUACUUGCCAAGUUUCCAAUGACGUUGGUAGCGAUUCUUGUACUGCAACCUUGCUGGUAACAGAACCUCCAAAGUUUGUUAAGAAGCUAGAAGCAUCAAAAGUAGUAAAACGCGGUGAUUCCGCACGAUUUGAAUGCAAAAUAAGUGGAUCUCCAGAAAUCCGAGUGGUGUGGUACAGAAAUGACAAUGAAAUCAUUGCCAGUGAAAAAUUCAGGAUGUCCUUCAGUGAUUCUGUGGCAGUGAUUGAAAUGAACCAUCUCAGUACUGAAGACAGUGGGGAUUACAUAUGUGAAGCUCACAAUCCUGCUGGCAGGGCGAGCUGCAGUACUAAGGUUAUAGUGAAAGAACCUCCUGUUUUUAGCAGGAAGCCUUCUCCAGUAGACAUGCUCAAAGGUACUGAUGUGAGUCUUGAAUGUGAAAUUUCUGGAACGCCCCCAUUCGAAGUCACGUGGUAUAAAGAUAAGCGACAAAUCCGCAGCAGUAAAAAGUAUAAGGUUACAUCCAAAAAUUACCAUGCGAGUAUUCACAUUCUUAAUGUCGACGCCUCAGACAUUGGCGAAUACCAAUGCAAAGCACAGAACGAGGUCGGGAGUGACUCUUGCAUUUGCACUGUACAACUGAAAGAACCACCAAAAUUCGUGACGAAAAUAAACAGUAUCUCAGUUGUGGUUGGCGAACCAGUAGAAUUACAAGCAACAGUGGAAGGCUCUCAGCCAAUUUCUGUCCAGUGGCUUAAAGACAAGGAAGAAGUCGUUAGAGAAAGUGAAAACACUAGGAUUGCAUUUGCGGACAACGUUGCAACUCUGCAGCUGGCAAACGCAGAACCAGGCAGCGCUGGGAAGUAUAUCUGUCAGAUCAGCAAUGAUGCUGGAACUCGGGAGUGUAUGGCUACCUUAACAGUUCUAGAGCCGGCAAUCAUUGUAGAGAAGGCAGAACCAAUGAGAGUGACGGUGGGAGAUGUUUGCACUUUGGAGUGCAAAGUGGCGGGCACACCCGAACUUUCAGUUGGCUGGUUUAAGGAUGGGAAAGAACUGACAAGCAGCCACAAAUACAAAAUUACCGUCCAUAACAAAGUAUCUACGCUUAAAAUUCUCGAUUCGGAAAAGGGAGACAGCGGAUUGUACACCUUUGCCGUGCAGAACGACGUUGGGAAGACCAGCUGCACAGCCUCAGUUGAUGUUUUAGAUCGUAUCAUUCCGCCUUCUUUCACAAGAAAAUUAAAAGAAACAAAUGGUGUGCUAGGUUCUUCGGUGCUUCUGGAGUGCAAAGUAUCUGGGUCGCCACCUAUUUCAAUCGCUUGGUUUCAAGAUGGAAAUAAGAUAGUUAGUGGAGAAAAACAUCAAACCACGUUUUCAGAUAACCUCUGUGUUUUGCAACUGAAUUCACUGAACUCAUCAGAUACGGGAAGUUACACCUGUAAAGCUACUAAUGUAGCCGGGUCUGAUGAAUGCAGAGCUGUAUUAAACGUACAAGAACCACCCUCUUUUGUGAAGAAGCCCGAACCCUCGGAUGUUUUACCAGGCACAAGUGUAACUUUCACAAGCGUUAUCAGAGGAACCCCUCCAUUCAAGGUGAACUGGUUUAGAGGGGUCAAUGAACUGGUGCCGGGGGAUAAAUGUAAUGUCUAUUUGGAGGAUUCGGUUGCAGUACUGGAGUUGUUUGAUGUUGGUCCGCUUCAGAGCGGAGAUUAUACUUGCCUAGUGACUAACGAUGCUGGAAAAGCAUCCUGUACAGCACAUCUUUCUGUAAAAGAACCAGCGGUGUUUGUGAAGAAAUUGAGUGAUCACUGUGUUGAGCCAGGAAAAUCCAUAGUUCUGGAAAGCACAUACACUGGUAGCCUCCCAAUCUCGGUUGUAUGGAAGAAGAAUGGCAAAACUAUAACUCAGUCUGAAAAAUGCAGCAUCAUCACAACGGAAAAAUCUUGCAUUCUGGAAAUUCUCAAUAGUACAAAAGAUGAUGAAGGAGAAUACACUUGCCAUGUUGAGAACGAGGCGGGAGGGGAUGUUUGUGAAGCACUAGUGUCUACAUUAGAACCUCCUUAUUUUGUUACACACUUGGGACCUCUGGAAGUGUCAGUUGGAGAUUAUACAACUUUACAUUGCCAAGUUGCUGGAACACCAGAAAUUACAGUGUCUUGGUACAAAGGAGAUACAAAACUAAGAUCUACUCCUGAGUAUAAAAUGUUCUUUAGAGACAAUGUUGCUACUCUAGUUUUUAACAAAGUGGAUAACAAUGACAGCGGAGAAUAUAUCUGCAAAGCAGAAAACAGUGUUGGAACUGCAACUACAAAGGCUCUCUUAACAGUUCAAGCGCGCAAACUUCCGCCUUCCUUUGCAAGGAAAUUAAAGGACAUUGAACAAACAGUUGGCUUACCAGUUAAAUUUACCUGUCGUCUAAAUGGCUCAGAGCCUAUUAGCGUGACUUGGUAUAAAAAUGGUGUACCUUUAAGAGAUGACCAUAAUGUGCAAACCUCGUUCGUAGAUAAUGUAGCGAUUCUCCAGCUGUCUCAAACGGAGAUGAGUCACACUGCACAAUACUCUUGCACAGCUACCAAUGCUGUUGGAACGGCUACCUCUAGCGCUAGGCUCACAGUCUCAGAACCCAAGCAACCUCCCUUCUUUGAUAUAACACCUGCAUCCAUGGAAGUUCCUACUGGAGAAAGUGCUGAUUUUGAAUGUCAUGUUACUGGAGCCCAGCCAAUACAUGUCACCUGGGCAAAAGAUGGCAGAGAGAUCCGAACGGGAGGAAACUAUAAUAUUACCUUUAUAGCAAACACAGCUCACCUGAGAAUUCUGAGAGCAGGCAAAGGAGACUCUGGCCAGUAUACCUGCCAAGCUAGCAACGAAGUUGGAAAAAACUUUUGCUCGGCCCAACUUAAUGUCAAAGAAGCACCAAAGUUUGUUAAGAAACUAGAAGCUUCAAGAUUCGCGAAACAGGGGGAUUCAGUUCAACUUGAAUGUCAAAUAAGUGGCUCCCCCGAAAUCAAAGUUGUGUGGUACAGAAACGACACUGAGAUCCAUGCUAGUGAAAAAUACAGGAUCUCAUUCAGUGACUCUGUGGCAGUUCUCACCAUUACUGAUGCUAACAUUGAAGAUAGUGGAGAUUACAUUUGUGACGCUCACAAUUCUGCUGGUACUGCAAGCUGCAGUACUGUUGUCACAGUAAAAGAACCUCCGGUUUUUAGCAAGAAACCUACCCCGGUAGACACACUUAAAGGUUCGGAUGUUGUCAUUCAGUGUGAAAUUUCGGGAACCCCACCAUUUGAAGUAGCCUGGUUCAAAGACAGGAGGCAAGUCAGAAGCAGUAAGAAGUUCAAAGUUACAUCUAAAGACUUCACAGCCAGCGUUCACAUUCUUAACCUUGAAGCUUCAGACACUGGGGAGUACCAAUGCAAAGCCAUGAAUGAAGUGGGAAGUGACACUUGUGUUUGCGCUGUGAAAUUCAAAGAACCUCCGAGAUUUGUUCAGAAGUUAAGUGACACUGUAGCCUUUGUGGGGGAACCGACCGCUCUGCAGGCUGUGGUGGAAGGCUCUCAACCUAUUUCGGUUCUGUGGCUUAAGGAUAAAGGCGAAAUCAUCAGAGAAAGCGAAAAUGUUCAGAUAUCCUUUAUGGAUAAUAUUGCUACUCUCGAGCUCGCAACCGCAGAAGGAGCCAAUGUUGGAAAGUACAUCUGCCAGAUCAAAAAUGACGCGGGGAUGAGGGAGUGCUCGGCAUUUUUACAAGUAUUAGGUUGGUAA